UUUAAAUAUUUUCUUUCACCACUUCUGCAUGAAAUAAUUUGUUUGUCUCUGUUCUUAAUAAUGUUCUGUAUCAGGAGCCCUCCAGCCAAUCAUUUGACUGCGCGAGUUCGUUUCCAUAGUAGCAGGGAUGUUUACGUCCAGGCUACAGGAAGCGCCUUUAGGUGGUGCGAUCUGUGGGAAAUGUGCUUUUUUUCCUAAAAUUAUUAUGUAGGCAUGUAGAAAUGUAUAGCAUUUUAAAUCUUCAUAAUGUUUACGUUUACUACCACCAGAAAUGUAUAACGUUGCAGUGCUGACGUUUAUUAAUCAGCUACAUUUCCUCUAGUAUUUACACACUGCACACCGGUGAUGAUUUUUUGCGCUUAAUCAUUCUGGAAACAGAGACGUCAUGGACGAUUUCCAACAUCAACAAUCUGUGUGGAAUUUAGUGAAGGAAAAUGUUCCCUAUUCUGAGCUUUCUGAGAUCCGAGGAGCGAUUGGAGAUACACUGAUUGAUAUGUAUACCGAGUUAUGUUCAGAGGUGCAGAUGUGGAAGAAGAUUUGGCAGGAGAUCCAUGACUCAGAGCAGGGCAGCAGGCCAGAAACCCCAGUUUUGCCUCUGGCUGACCCCCCGGCUAUUAAAGAGUUGCUAAAAGCUGAGAUUCAAUUGCUGCUGCUUACACUGAGGGAGAGAGCGGCCAGGCAUGGCAGGGAUGCAGAAGAGUUCAUGGCCCAGUACAAUCCCAGUGUUGUAAGUUAUGCGCUGGGCAGUAGUAGCACACAGAGACAGGAGAGUCCAAAAAGCUGUUGGGAAACUGCAAAAUCACCUUCUCGACCCCCAUCCAGCCUGAGUGAGAUUGGGAGCAGGCCAUUAUCCAGACUCUCAUCUUACUCCAGCUGCGAGGAAGAGAUCAAAACUUUAAGACACAAGUUAAACAUCACCCACAUAGAUGAAGUUGUAUCCCAUCUAAGGUCAGUCCUGACUGAAGAAUGUGAAGCCUUGAAGAGAGAUGUGAUAGUCCUUCAGGAGAAAAUAGAGACAGAAAGAAGACCUGUAUCUCCUGAUCCCACUGUAGCAGAACUCAAAGAGGAACGGAGGAUCAUUCAAAGAGAUCUGAAGGUUCAGAUUUUGAUGAGCAGCUCCCAAACCCCAAACAACCUGACUAUAAGAAACCCACAAAUACACCACAGGGAAUCACAUAAACUUGCAUCAUCCGCAAAUGAUUUGGAAAGGAUACAACAAUCAAAACAUAAAACAGUUCCCCUUACACUAAAGCCCUGUCCACCCAGAGAUGCAGACCACCUCAGAAGAGCCGUGUCACCUAAAGAGAGAGAUAGACUCUCACCGCACAGAACCCUAGACCCACAUCUAGAUCACCACCCAUCCGGUCCUAACAACACAGAGACCAUAAAUUCUUCCCUGAACAACCACAUAACCCUAAUAAAUGACAAUAGCUCAAAUGUUGAAUUAAACUCCUUCCUUAGUUCCACUUUGGAAUGUGAUGAUCGAUACAGGAGGAAUUCAACAAGGGCUUCAGCAUUCAGACUAAUUCCAGCAGCCUCAGUUGGGACGUCUGGAUCCACCCAAGCCCUCAUAAAGCUGCCCGCGAGUAAAGAUGGCGAACUUGGCCACCUUCAGCCCGCUCCUCCCGCAGUACAGAGAACUUCCAGAGGGGGACAGAGAGGCCGCAGGUACCUUUUUGUUCCUCAACAUGAUCAGUUCUCUAUGAGAUUGACAACAGCUCUUUCUGACGUGGAGACGUAAAUGCUAAAUUUCACAAAACAAACUCGUACACCCAAACCUGAUUUUUAAAAUAAACUUUAUUUACCAUUUCAAAUGGAACAGUUUAAGAUACAACUGACAAGACUAAGACAAUUUCAAUGGAGUUUGGCCCUACAUUUGAAAAGACAUGGUUAGAUAUGUUUGAUAAAAGCACUGAGCUCAUUCCAUUGUGCUUGUUACACUUCUACAACGUCACUUUUAUAUUGCCAUGAGCACAGUAGUACACAUACACUAUUGUAAAGACAUCACUUUGUUUAGGACACAGGACAUGGGACAAAAAGGUUGCAUUUUUUUGCAAGUUAAAAAUGUUGCUUAAAGUCGCCAUGAAAUUGAAAUUAUUUUUUUUAUGAAAUACUCUGUGCACUUCAUUAUUAUUAUUUUUAUUCAUGUGCCCUCAUAAUCUUUAAUCAAAAAUGUUAACCUCCCCUCAUCGUGAUACAGAAAAAAAGACAAUUGCUACUUUUGUUUCAUGGCGACUUUAAUGCACACAUUUGAUAGUUUGUGCUGUACAUGAAAACUUGGUAACAACAAAGCAUUCACAGUUUUAUCUGGGUCAUGCUGUUAUUUUAUAAAUGAUUUUAUGCAACCACAUGUGUGCUCAAUGGAUAUUUUCAUUUGGGACAUAGAGGUAUUUAUUUGUGUGCUUUAGCUUUAUCAAAUUGCAGUGUUUUGCUUAUUUACUUACAAUGAACAACCCUUUUAAUUUCAUUUAAGGAGUUCAUGUCAUCACAAAUUGUAAAAUUAAACCUACAAAGAGAAUGAGAGCCAAGAGAAGUCGUCUUUUGGUCUUACAAACUUUCCUUCCCAUAGCUAGUCAAAAUCUGAUCUAUUGUCAUUGACUACAUAUGUUAAUUCUUUGUUAAUAUACCUAAAUAAAAGUUUCUACAUAUUACCAGUGUUUAAAAUUUAAGAUGCGCAUUUGAGAAAGAUUGGCACAGUUGUAUUAUUAUAGUUUUUUUCUCCAAAAAAAUCAAA